UUACGUCACAGUUAAUGGAUCAGUGUGUCACACGGAAACAAUGUAGAUGAACAGUCCGUAUAAUGUCACUGCGGAGACGAGUACCCGUUUCCGCAAACCAUUUUCAUUGUGAAACACAAGAAAUUUGGUCAGGGUUGAGAAAGGACGAAGUCCCCGACGGACAAGGAGCAAAAAUUGAAUGGCAGGACCCUUCUAUAGAAUGCUGUGAAAUGGGCGAAGAAGGGGGUUACUUGAUGUAUGAAAGUGCUGCUUGCUCCCACACAAGUGGAUUUACUUCAGGGAAUCGUCCCCGCUAUAAUAAGGACAUUCCAGAGGAAAUGAAGAAGUUUUAUGAGGAAGAAAUACAGAAGCUUACACGUUUGCUUGAUAAAGAUCAUAUAUGGGCGGGGAACACAAAUGUUACUGGGCCAUCGAGAGAUGAUUUUAAACAGAACCACCCUCCCGGGGGGGGAGCACCACUCUCUUGCUGUGAUACAGACGAUUUUAAUCAGAACCACCCUCCACCUCCCCUCUCCGGCAGUGCAAUGAGGAACAAUCUCCUUGGAGCCAUUCAGCUGAAACGUACAUCUAGCGAACCAGCCGAGGAAAAAUUCGACCCAACAAAAAGCAUCCCUAACCUAGCGUUCGAGGGCCCAAAAGAAGAAACAGGGCCCACAGAAAGUUUUGCCGGCCCUCCGCCUUCGAUCCCCUCUGAACAACCGACAACCUCGGGUGGAGAUCCAAUGAAAAAUCUCCUAGGGGCCAUUCAACUUCAAAAACCCGAAACGGACUUCGUAGAGGAAAAAUAUGACCCCACAAAGAGUAUUCCAAAUCUAGCUUACGCAGGUCCAGUGGAGGAACCAAUCGAAGAGGCGACGGCCGAGGAGCCGUUGGAGGAAAAGCCAAGAGCCCCUUCCUAUGACUCUGGAUUUGUUACAUCAAGGACCGCAAGGAUUGCCAAUAACCAGAGUCCAAAAGAAUACACCGCACCUUCUAAAUCUCAGACCAAGUCAAAACCGUCGAAAAGCAGCCUUACUCAGACCAAAGGACCUCCUAGUCUGACGAGCGUUUUAAGUGCUGCACAACCAGAAAGACAACUAAGUUCUCGAGUGAGUUCGAACACUGGUGUGGAUAACAGUGUGAAGCUAGUGAAGCCAAGUCUAGUUAGAUUUAGUCAGAUAGGGGAACGGCACGGCGAAGGAGUGGAAGACCAGAGGUCCAGAGAAAGCACAGGGGGUUAUGUCGGACACGAAGAGGAAACUCUCAUAUCCUCCCACAAUAUACAUCCCCAUGAACCACUUUCUGACCAUCAUCUAGGCCAUGUUAGACAUCAAGCCCGGCCACUUAUUAUGGUCAACGAAGAUAACACAAUCAGAGCUGUUAAACAUAAACACGAGCUAAACGACAUCUUGAGGGCUACUACCGGUGACCACAUGCCCGAAUUACCACUAGAAAUACAAAACUACAUCGAUAAAUUCCAUGAUAUUCCGCUGAACAAAUUGAUGCAUUAUGCCGAGACUGGAUCCUAUCUUAGGGAGAGCUUCCUUGACAGCAACAUCUGCGACAUUCGUGUUCAUGUCGGUAAAGACACGUUCCCUGCGCACCGGAUCGUGCUAGCCUGCUUCAGUCCGUACCUAGCUUCAGUUUUAGAACACGAGAACCCACUUAAACAUAAAAAGCCCAAAGAUAUUCGAAUAUCGGGGGUUUCCGAAUGGUCUGUUAAAGUUCUAUUGAAUUAUGUUUACACCGGAGAUCUAAGAAUGGAAACUGCCCUUAUUCCAGAUUUCAUCAAAUUGGCCGAUAAGUUUGAUGUUGCUGCAGUUCGACAAAAAUGUUUCGAUCAAGUAGAAUCGAUAACUGAUGAUGAACUCCUAGCUCUGCUCUCCGUGAUGAAAGACACGCACGACGUGGAAUACUGCGAUCGCAUCAUGAAAAGCCUUGCCUCUAAAUUCAUGCGCGUGAGAGACUGCAAGACAUUUCUCCAGCUCGAUAUCAACACCCUUUGUAUGAUUUUGUCAUAUGAUGCAUUGAUUCUGCGCAGUGAGAUGGAUAUUUUCUAUUCGGGUUUGAAUUGGCUUCAGAAUGGGGAUGCUAAGGAACGCUGUAAGUAUCUAGACCGAAUAAUGGACUGCGUUCGGUUUCCUCUGAUGAACCAAGCCGAGCUGUACGAGUGCGUGGAACGCUGUAGCCUGUUGAAAUCGAAUGCGACUUGCUUGCAAAGAAUUUACGAAGCUAACUGGCUGAUGACGAUGUCUAUGCUACAUAAGCAAGACCCCCUCCGUCUGCACGUCCCUCCCCAUCGUAAUAACAUCAACUCCAGCGCCAGUGUCAGCGACUAUAUUACGCGUACAUGUAGCAGAGUGAAGUCUGACGUCACUGUAGAAGUAGCAAGAGAUAGCUCUCCUAAAAAUUAUAACAGUGAGCCGGGAAUGUCAAGGACAAAAUACUCUCCCUCAAACUCACAAGGGAGUCCUCGUAACAACAACUCACAGGGGAGGGCCCGUAAUAACAAUGCAGGGGGCCUGGGGAGAAAGCUGGGGGAACUGUGCAUCCCAUCAGUAAAAAUGGAGAAUUCAAAAUCCAAAG